UAAUCGUACCGAACCGAAAAACACACGCAGUACACGAGCGUUGGGGCGAACCCCUGGGGUGUAAAUUGUUUACCUGUUUAAUUAAACAAUCGUGCAGCAGGCCCGAGCAUACAAUCGAAACAACAAUCGCCAACAAUCGAUUACUGUGCAGCUUCUCGUGUUUUGUAACACACAGGUCGUUCACAAUGCAUCCGGUGCGUCAAUUCCGGCUACCAUCGGCGUGCCCGGCCCGGUUCCGGUUGCUGCUGGCGCUGCUGGUGUUCGGAAACGUUUGGCUCGCCGCCGUAGGUACGCAACGGACCGUCUAUCGGGCCGGUGACGAAAUUGUGACGAUAACGCGCACAAAAGUCGACCCGUCCACGGCUACGUCCCCUGGCUACUCGUACUAUACGUACACUGCCCCGAACCCUCAGCCCGAAAUCGUGUACUACACGAACGCGCAAGGUAUCACGACCAGGCAGUAUCAGACCACCUCCGGAUCGGUGGGCUCCGCAACUCGGCGCAUUGCCUACGAUGACGGAACUGCGACGGAAGGGCAAGGAUGUUCGCGCAGUCCGUGUGGUGUAGGCGCCACAUGUCAGGAGACGGCCGGUGGACGGCCGGUUUGUUCCUGCCCCGCCGGUUACAGUGGCAACCCGCUCGUCCAAUGCCGACGGGCGGAAUGUCUCGAUCAUUCGGAAUGCCGUGGUGAUCAGGCCUGCCGUAACGGGAACUGCGUCAACCCGUGUGCGGGCGUAUGCGGCAUCAAUGCCAACUGUGAGGUACGCAACCACGUGCCGGUGUGCAGCUGUCCGCGAGGCCGAACUGGUGAUCCGUUCAGUAGCUGCCGUUUGCAGGACCCCGAGGAACUGUGCCGUCCUAGUCCAUGCGGAUCAAACACCAAGUGUGACGUAAUCAACGGUGUGCCAACCUGUUCCUGUUUGCCAGGAUAUAUCGGCUCUCCCCUGUCCGGCUGUCGGCAUGAGUGUGAAUCGGACGUGGAAUGUAGCUCCAACCAGUACUGCAGCCAGUUCAAGUGCGCCAAUGGAUGUAACCAGUGCGGGAAGGGUGCGACCUGUGCCCGGGUGACGAACCAUCGGGCCAUCUGCGAGUGUCCCAAAGGAUAUAUCGGCAGCCCGUUCACCGAGUGUCGGCCGGAAUGUUUCGGCGAUCGGGACUGUCCGGCGGGACGGCCGGCCUGCAUCUAUGGUAUCUGCAAAAACCCCUGCGAAGGUGCGUGCGGCGUGAAUGCAGACUGUAAUCUGCGCGGUUUGACGCCGGUUUGCAGUUGUCCGCGCGAUAUGACGGGCGAUCCGUUUAUUAGCUGUCGUCCGUUCACGAAGGAAGACCUGUGCAGUCCGAAUCCGUGCGGCACGAAUGCUGUCUGUACGCCCGGGUACGAUCGUAGCAACCAGGAGCGGCCGGUAUGCACCUGUCCGGCCGGUUAUACGGGCAACGCACUGACCAGCUGUGUUCGUGGUGAAUGCCAAAGUGAUGCAGAGUGUUCCGAUCAUAAGGCUUGCAUUGCGUACCAGUGUGUGGAUCCUUGCGUUGGACAGUGUGGUGUUGGUGCUCAGUGUCAGGCGAAGCGCCAUCUUGCCGUCUGUACGUGCCCGGCGGGAACACAGGGAGACGCGCUCGUGUCGUGCCGUACCGCCCGUAAUUAUCCAGUGGCUCGAUAUAACAAAAAGCGUAAUGCAGUACCCUAAAUCAGUCCCCUCAGUACAAACGCUUUUCUGGAAGCAUCUUAAACCAUUUAACUGUUUCACGUUCAGUAGAGGAAGCGCCGCCAACACCUCAACUAGUCGUAAGGACGAUCCGAUCGUCAGCUUCAUCCUUAACUUAUUGCAACAUUCUCACAUCUUCGCUGCUCUGUUCACCUGUCAGCUUAACUGUUGUGAAUAGUUUUAACUACCGUUAGACGAAACGAUCAUGUAACUAAUUUGCGAAAAUAACUUCAAUAUGUGAAGUGCAGUACAAUCGAGAUAUUUAAAACGCGUUACAAUUUACAAUUUUUAAGUGUUUUUCUCCAUUCUUACACACUUGCAAUGAAAUAAAACAUUUAAUUUUUAAAAAAUAAUUCACGUGAAGUAAAAUAAUUUAGACCGCUUGGUACGGAACUGGUAAUUCCUUUAAUGUUGGUACGUAAUGGAAAACAGGAAAAACAAUAGGUUCCCAUGAUCUACCUAUCCGAUACUGGGUGUACGAUGAAUUCCGAACUGUUCUCACCCCACCAACUGCACGAAUCUGUUCGCACUGUCGCGAUCAUUAUCACCGUAUACCGGUGUAACGCAUAGUAAGGCCAUGUGUUUCAUUAAGCAAAUAUUUUCGAACAUUGUGCGUAAAACGAUCCGUUUGGUUUUCAGAAUUUUAAAUAAAAGGUACAA